AUGGCUGCCACCAACGGGUCGGAGCCCUGGGCCAACGCCCUCAGCGAAAAGUUCAAAGAUCGCAUCGUGCUCACGACAUACCCCGGCCAAAGCGUCGUCGACCCCGUAGAGCUCAACUGGGGCAACGCAGACCCCGAGAAGCGAGGCCCCAUCCUCGUCUCCCGCUCCAAGGAGACCCUCAAGAAGCGCAACGCCAUCGGCGCCCACGGCGGCAGCUACGCCAUCUACAACGCCCUCGCCAUCGCCGCGGGAGACCUGCCGCCCAACUUCCGCCCCAACUUCGAGAACACGCAGCCCACGUUCCAGCCGCCCCAGCAGGAGGCGUGGGGUGACUUCUCCAAGAUCGUCUCCAUGGACGCCUUUGGGCACAAUGUCUCGACGUAUUUCAAGAAGCACCUGGACCAGGGGAUUGAUGUGAGGCCGACCAUCGCCAUCACCCGCGCCCACAUGCGCGUGGCCGAGAUCGUUGACUCCAUCAAGUCGGGCAGCCUCCCUGUCGACGGCGACGUUGUGAUCAACAGCACGGGCGACGUCAAGGUCACCAAGAUCGCCGUCGAGCCCGUCUGGCACCUACCCGGGGUGGCGUCCCGCUUCAACGUCGACGAGGGGAUCCUCCGCCGCGCGCUGUUCGAGUACACGGGCGGCAGCUACCCGGAGCUCGUCACCCGUCCCGAUAUGAAGGUCUUCCUCCCUCCCAUCGGCGGUCUGACCGUGUACAUCUUCGGUCCCCCCGAGAGGGUGUCGGAUCCCAAUGUGAAGCUGGCGCUGAGGAUCCACGAUGAGUGCAACGGAUCGGACGUGUUCCAGUCUGAUAUCUGCACCUGCCGGCCGUAUCUUACGUUUGGUAUCGAGGAGGCCAUCAAGGAGGCGCAGAAUGGCGGAUCGGGUGUGGUAAUUUACUUCCGAAAGGAAGGGCGUGCUCUGGGCGAGGUGGUCAAGUAUCUCGUCUAUAAUUCUCGCAAGCGUGGAGGUGAUACUGCCGACAAGUAUUUUACCAGGACGGAGAACAUUGCCGGUGUUCGCGAUAUGCGCUUCCAGGCACUGAUGCCCGACAUUCUGCACUGGCUCGGCAUAAAGAAGAUUGACAAGAUGCUGUCCAUGUCCAACAUGAAGCACGAUGCGAUUGUCGAGCAGGGCAUCCCCAUCUACGAGCGAAUCCCUAUCCCAGACCACCUUAUUCCCUCCGACUCAAGAGUCGAGAUCGACGCCAAGAUCAACGCUGGAUACUUCACAACAGGCAGUAAAAUCACAGAGGAGGAGCUGAAGAAUCUGCUGCAGACGAGCCUGUACACAAAGGCGAUCCAAGGCCUGCAACGUGCCGUGCAGAGUGAGAAGGUAUAUACGCUCGAGACACUCGCGUCAAUGGUCAUGAUGGAAUUCCUUCUUUGCAAGUGCGACAUGGUCACGCCUCAGAAUAUACGACCACAUCGACUCGCCAUCCGCCAUGUGGUCAAGAAGCUGGGGAUGCCGGACCCAAGAAGUGCCAAUUACUGGCUUCACCUGUCACUAGUUCGCAUAACCGGAUUCAUGAUGCGCAACCUUGCGCACUUUGACAAUCUGGAUGCUAGUGCCUACUACGACUCUCCCUGGUCAGACAUUCUUAGCAAUCACAACUCGUUCUGGGCAGACGAUAGUCAGAACGACGAUAGAGAAUUCUCAACUCAAUGGCUCGAAGAUGACCCGGAUGAAGAUUGGAAUGAGAGAACUAAAGUAGACGCCACGUUUGAACUCGCAAACGACAUUUGGGUUGUUUUCACCAGUCGCUGGUGCCAAAGAGUGCGGCAGAUCAAAGCGAACCCGAGCGACAUGGAGAACGAGAGAGCAUUACUCAUCCAUCGCAUGUCGAAGGCCGAGAGAAUUCUUGGGGCUUUGGGCGAGAACCUCUGGAGAAGGUUGCUAUCCACUGGCUCCAUCACAGAGCAUCUUGAUCUCACCUUUUUCGUCGGUCGCAGAUACAAGUUCACCACGUACAAAGUUACUAGAGUGGCCAUCCACUUGAUUGCGCUACGGGCAUUACUCCUACGAGUUCUCUUCGAUCUCUACGGCCUGGCCGAUGUCUAUGAUGGCGCAAUAUAUAACACCUACCGGGGCCUGUGUUUCCAGGUAUGGGCUUGUUUGCCGCAUUUGAAGACGGUGCAUGCUCUAUCCGCCAAAGACACGCUCCUGAUGGUGGCGCCGUUAUAUGAAGCUGCGGACAGCGAUGAACUCCGCCAUCUCUACGAUAUUAAGAUCAAUUGGACUGUGUUCGGGGCAGCCGAUAACAUGAGCAUAGAAGCCUUCCAGAACUGGAUCGUCGCAAGGUCCGCGCAGUGGAUUUAA